AUGACCGGCAGAGGAGGCGGAGCCGCUCGCAAGACACUGCUUGCGCCGAUUCACUUCAUCUUCAAACUCCUUCAGCAACGUUCAACAGUCUCUAUCUGGCUAUAUGAGCAGCUCGCAUUCCGAAUCGAGGGAAAGAUCAGAGGGUUCGAUGAAUUCAUGAACCUGGUCGUCGACGACGCCGUGGAGGUUAAGCUGGCCACAAAAAGCGAGGAGGAGAAGAGGCGGCCAUUGGGUCAAAUACUGCUCAAGGGUGACAAUGUCUCCCUCAUCCAAGCUGUCCAGUGA